AUGGACACUGAAGCGAAUCCGAGGGUACUCUCAAAACGUGUUUUGCCAAAGCUUCUAAAAGAAUCAGCCGGUAACCAAUCUUGUUGUAUCUUCAGAAUCAGUCAUCGCCUUCGUCGAAUCAACGGUGAAGCCUAUGACCCUGAUCUCCUAUCAAUAGGACCUUACCAUCAUGGAAAAAAACAACUCCGGAUGAUUGAAGAGCACAAGCCUCGAUUUCUUGGUCUUUUUCUUGAAGAAGCUGGAAAAAACGGUGUGGCUUAUGAAGAAUUGUCCGAGGCGGUAUCUAGUAAGGAGGAAGCUAUAAGGAGUUGUUAUUCUGAGGAUCUUGUUGAGUUCGAUGGAAAGAAACUUAUCGAUAUGAUGAUUCUCGAUGGUUGUUUCAUUCUUAUGUUGUUCUUCAUCAUCUCAAGGAAAGUUGACAUCACUGUUAAAAAUGAUCCCAUUUUUAAAAUGCCCUGGGUUCUCCCGACCAUUCAUAGCGAUCUUCUACUCUUGGAAAAUCAGGUACCUCUCUUUCUUCUCGAAACUCUCGUUGUAACCUCGAAAAUAAGCGCUGGUGGUGGUUUGAACAAGAUGGUCUUCAAGUUCUUUAGCUAUUCAACCCAAUUACCAGAAACAUCUCGGCCAAAUAACUACGAUAUUGAAGCAAAACAUCUCCUUGAUCUCAUUCGUCAAACUUUCAUCCCUUAUCCUUAUAAGAAUGAUAAAACCUUAAAUCACAUUAGUCUGUCUAUUCCAUGGUGGCGUAGACAGAAACCUCAAAAGGGUACGUGGGGAUCUGAUCCAGAUCCUUUCCUCCGAUUAAUUACCUCGGCCAGUAGGCUCCAAAACAAGGGAAUAGUACUUAAGCCGAGGGUAGAAGCAGACACAUGGUUGGAUAUAAAACUCAAGAGAGGUGUGCUUGAGAUACCACCAUUAGUCUUGGACGGCUUCAUUGGUCAAGUCUUUCUCAACUUUGUUGCUUUUGAACAGUUCUACGGUCAUUGUCCAAACCACAUAACCAGCUACGUAGCUUUUAUGGGUUGCCUCAUGAACAACGAGGCCGACGCAAGGUUUCUAAGGGAAAAGGGGAUCAUGGAGAAUUAUUUUGAGACCGAUCAUCAAGUCUCACGGUUCUUCAAGAACAUAGGUAAAGACGCUUCUUUUGACAUAUCUAGGAGUUAUCUAGCUGAAGUGUUUGAAGGAGUGAACAAGCAAACUUCAAAAGAGUACCGCGUUCGUUGUAAAGAAUUGGCCCACACCUUCUUCGGAUCGCCGUGGACCUCGGUAGCUUCUUGUGCUGCUCUAUUGCUUCUAGGUCUCACUAUGAUUCAGACCUUCUUCGCAGUCUAUAGUUACUUCCGGAAUCCGUAUCCACAGUAA